AUGAAUUUGGUGCCAUCAGCGAAGUUUGAGCCUUCUCUCCGGCUCUGGAAGAAGCUGGGACUCGGUCAACAAGUACCCAUCAUGAUGGCACCACAGAUUGGGUCAAAAAGACAUGUUGUGAUGCCAUCAGGGGUUGUAGCGGCUGAUGCUUCACAGCAUGCUUAUGCUAAUUCUGCUUUGUUGUGGGCUACAAAUACCCCUCACGGUACCAUCGAUGAACCCGACGCAUUUGCUCAAGGGAGCACCUAUGUAUUAGAUCAUGGAGCGCUCUAUUAUACUUCCGCUGUAGAGCCUGCCUGCCUGCCUGCUGCUGCUGCUGUGUGGUACCUGAGUAACUGCUUUCUGAUUUUUGCGGCCGCCGGUGUGAUCGUGAAGGUGAUUGUAUUGCUUGUUGCUCUUGUGCACUUAGGAUACUGUAGCAGUGAUAUCAUACUGUUUUGA